UAACGGUGGCACACGAUCAAGAUGGCUCGGACGGCCGUGUUGCUGGGGUCUGCGUCCUGCGGGUUGUGUGCUGGCCUGGUGUACCUCAAUAAGCAGUUGGCUUGGAUUGGCAUAUUUGGUCUGCUCUUCUUCGUCGUUCGGACAUGCGUUGUGCCUGCAUUGUCGACGCGAUACGUGGCGUGGUACCGCUCCACGAACGACGGAGACGCCAAGCUCUUGUGGUGCAACACAGCAGUGUCGUUGGUGCACUCUGGCUUGUCCGCCGCGCUAAGUAUCACCGUGCUGGCAAUCGACCCCAUUCAAGACUGGGUGCAUUCGUGUUCGCCACUGGCCGUCAUAUGUCUCUCAGUGUCCACAGGGUACUUCAUCUAUGACUUUUACGACAUGGUCGUGGGGGCUCUUUACGUCCGCGCCCAUGGCAUCCUUGUCCACCACAUCAUGGUCACAACCUGCUACGUCAUGGCAUUGCACUGCAAAGUAGCUGUGCCGUACCUUGUGGUGAUGUUGCUGCUAGAGAUCAACUCGAUCUGGCUCCACUCUCGCAAACUCAUGUCCAUGGUUGGGUUCACUUUGGCGAAUCGGGUGUAUGCGAUGACGUGGCACGCGCUGUGGCUUUCAUUUUACACCACGCGUGUGCUUCUACCGUUCGCAGUGCACGUAGGCGUCACGUUGGACCGCCACCGGUUCCCCCAUGUGGUACGACGGACGACCAUCAUUCGUAUCGUGACACGAGUGUUUGUGUAGAGUCAGUUUGCAGUUGCCUUUGGCGGCACCGGUGUCCUCCACGUACUGAAUUACCUGGUGUAUGUGGGGUGCAGCAAAGCGUACAACAAGGAAAGACACUUGAAACACAAGUAAAGCUAAUAGACGGGAUUUUGCGAUUGAACGAAACAUAUACACAGCUUCUUAUGGCCUCUCGGCAUUGACCCAUCCAUUCCGAUAUACUACGU